CGCCGCUGCCGCCUGGAGGCCGCGGUGACGCCGGGCUUUGCUUUCCCAGCGCGGCUGGGAGCUUGCGGGGUGGGACGGUCGGAGUCCACCCCGAACACCAUGAAGGGUCCCGGGCCCUGCUGAGCCUAUAGGUACCACAUGUGGAUGUUGACCAUGGCAUCGGUGACUCCUUCCUUUACUUUCAAGGAGUUCUGCCCUUUGUAUUACCUCCUGAAUGCCAUUCCUACAAGGAUCCAAAAGGGAUUUCGUUCCAUCGUGGUAUACCUCACCGCCCUUGAUACCAAUGGAGACUACAUUGCUGUGGGCAGCAGUAUCGGGAUGCUGUAUCUGUACUGCAGGCACCUCAACCAGAUGAAAAAAUACAAUUUUGAGGGGAAAAGCGAGUCCAUUACAGUUGUCAAACUCUUGAGCUGUUUUGAUGAUCUUGUUGCGGCUGGAACAGCUUCAGGCAGGAUUGCCGUUUUCCAGCUGGUCUCUUCGCUGCCUGGGAGAAACAAACAACUUCGCCGAUUUGAUGUGUCUGGGAUCCACAAAAGUAGCAUCACAGCCUUGGCAUGGAGUCCCAAUGGAAUGAAAUUAUUCUCUGGAGAUGACAAAGGGAAGAUCGUCUACUCUGCUUUGGAUUUUGAUCAGGGCCGCUGCCAUUCUAGUUUGGUCUUGGAAGAGCCAUCUUCAAUUGUGCAGCUAGAUUAUAGCCAGAAAGUGUUACUGGUCUCCACUUUACAGCGAAGUCUGCUGUUUUACACAGAAGAAAAAUCGGUCAAGCAAGUUGGAACCCAGCCCAGGAAAAGCACCGGCAAAAUCGGAGCUUGUUUUAUACCUGGGCUGUGCAAGCAAAGCGACCUGACCCUGUUUGCUGCGAGGCCUGGGAUUCGCCUGUGGAAAUCGGACGUCUUUGGGACCGUGCAGGCCACUUACAUUUUGAAAGACGUGUUCACUGAUGGAAUGAAACCUUUUGAAUUAUAUCCACGAAUGGGACCUGCAGACAAGGGAAAUUACAAUUUCCCCGAGAGGCAACUUGGGCUCAUCUCUUGCUUUUUCCAGGAAGGGUGGGUGAUCAGCUGGAAUGAAUACAGCAUCUAUUUAUUAGACACCGUCAAUCAGGCUCUGAUUGGCAGCUUGGAAGGAUCCGGUGACAUAGUGUCUGUAUCCUGUACCGAAAAUGAGAUUUUUCUUUUGAAGGGAGACAGAGACAUCAUAAGGCUCUCAAGCAGACCUGAAGGAUUGGCAUCAAUAGUUUCAGAUGUAAAUUCAAAGGCGACCUGUCCGAUAUCUGAUUUGAGCCCGAAAUUACAAAGCCCGCUCUCAGUCGUUGCAUCUGUAUCACUGGAUCCGUUGACGCAAGCCAACCAAAAAAGCUUCCCUUCGCCCCAGACUCCUGGGAAUAAAAAUGGUUCUCUAACAAGAGCUGAUCUAGAAGCAGCGCUGGUAGCGGAGAAAUUUCGCUCGCAGAGCUUUGAUGGACUAGGGGACUUGGCCAGUGACCCAAAGAGAAGGGGCUGCUCCGUAACUACUGAGUCGAGAAGCCGGAGCAGCUCCGUGAAUUCUGUGGACAGUGGCUCCAGCUUCAUGACCGGUGGAGACCAAGAAGGUCCAUUGUCGUCUCAGAGAUUCAGCACGAUUAGCUCUGAAGACUUCAACCAGGAGCUCAUUGUCAAACCCAUCAAAGUGAAAAAGAAGAAAAAGAAAAGACCUGAAAAUGGGCCCAGGAGAAAUCCGAGCUCUCUGGAGAGUACACCGUGCUCAGAAUAUCAGGGUUCAACUGACAGUCCCCAGUCGAUAAACGCAGACUCCCUCUCCAUUGCUUCGAGCCUGAUGAGUGGCGUGGUGGACAGCUUAAGUAUAGAUUCUCCGGAUCAAGAAAGUCUUGUGUUGUUGCGGGAGGAAAACGGCUCCGAAACGUUCAGCCCGCUUCAGUCUCCAGAGCUGGGAGCUGCUCUCACCCCCAAGGGGAAUGGCGAAGCUUUGGAACUGCUGAAACUUUCUCCUGGGGACAACGAAAUGGGUGUGUCGCCCGCCACAGACUCCUCGGCUUCUGGCUCCCCCACGCUGCUUGCUGAUGAUAAAACGGACAACACUGAGAGUGGACGUGAUGGGACCCUUUUGCCUGAAUUUGCUGAAACCACCUCAGGGCAGCUGUCCCAAGAUGAAGAGGAUUGUCUCGCGUUCUGUGAAACAGAGCAGAUACUAGAUCAGCCGGGUCAGCCAAGUAGUUUUGUUUCUCUAAAAGACACAGAGCCCGUGAAUGGCAUACUGACCAAUGUGGAAAUGGCCUCUAGUGUGGAUGAAUCUUUUGGCAGGGAAAUAGGAGGUGAAUCCCUCCCAAAGGAGGACUCUCAGCAACCUCUGAUGGGUGGAGUCCCUCCAAGCCUCCUUCAUCCUCUUUCUGCCACUUCUGAGCCAUGUCAUGUGGAGGAUGCCUUCUCUGGACAGGACUGGAGCCCUGAAUGCAAUGCUAGCCCUGCCAACAAGUGGAUGAGCGAUGAUGCUGGAGCUGAAAAAUCAGCCUCGAGUGAUGAGGAGGAUAUCUACGGACACGGCCUGCCUCGUUCGUCUUCAGAGACUGGUGUGGCAGACGUGGGGGACUUCUGUGCUCCCCCGAAAAAAGCCCAAGCAAGUUUAGAGGAAGGGAUGCUUUUAAAAUCUGAUCAGUUUGCAGAAAGCUGGAUGGGCUACGCAGGUCCUGGCUAUGGAAUACUGAGCCUGGUUGUCUCCGACAAAUACAUUUGGUGCCUGGAUUACAAAGGGUCUGGCCUGUAGCUCUUCUUUACUCCAGCGCCCGACCGUACUAAGAAGCGCUGGCAGAAGUUUGAGGAAAACGUCCAGCAGGUGGCAGUCUCCCCUUCAGGGAAUCUUCUCUGGAAAGUUGAACAAAAAACCAAUAAAGCCUUUGCCUGUGGGAAAGUCACUAUAAAAGGGAAACGGCACUCAGUAAUGCAGCUUUCAUCUAGCUGGCGUUUAUUUGUGUCUUUUGAAGGCGAUACCACGGCCUGGAUUAUCAGAACAAACGGUGACUUGUAUCUGCAGACAGGUACCCAAACGAGUGGUGCCUAGCCAAGAGCUGUAAAGGUAGACUGUCCGUAUCCGCUGUCACAGGUUGCAGCCAGAAACAAUGUCGUUUGGAAAUGCGAUUGGCCGAGCAAGCUGAACCCCUUCUAUUACCCGGGAAGCGUGAGCAGCUUCUGUCCCGAGGAACAGUGGAAAGUCAGCGAUAUAUCAUCAGGUGAAAUGCAAGCUCUGGAGCCGGUGUGCAUUACUCUUGGAGGCCAGCAGACUCUGUGGGUCUUAGACAUCUACGGAAAUCUGUGGUUCAGAACUGGCAUCCUCUCGAAGAAACCCCAAGGGGACGAUAACCACUGGUGGCAAGUAAGCAUUACAGAUUAUGUCGUGUUUGACCAGAGCAGCCUUUUCCAGACCAUAAUCCAGGCGACACAAACAGUAGCCACGGUCGCCCAGGCCCCCGUUGACAAACUCCGCACAGCUUUCUGGUCGCAGCAACUGCAGUGUCAACCAAGCCUGCUCGCAGUCAACAGCAGCGGCGUCUGGAUCUCCUCUGGGAAGAAUGAGUUUCAUGUGGCCAAGGGAAGCCUGAUAGGUACAUAUUGGAAAAACAUUGUCCCUCGUGGCACUGCUUCAGCCACAAAAUGGGCUUAUGUGAUAGCCUCUGCUGCUCCGGCAAAAGAAGGGAGCUUUCUGUGGCUGCGUCAAAGUAACAAGGACCUGUUUUGUGUCAGCGAUCAGAACCCGCAGUUCCAUCCUUCAACUGUUCAGCUCCCCCUCGAUACCGAGAUGGUGCUUUAUUCCGCGUGCCAGGAUGCCAUGUGGGGCUUGAAUAACCUGGGACAAGUCUUCAUAAGGACGCUUUCCCCGACUUGCCCAAGUGGGAUGCACUGGACCAAACUGGACCUUUCUCAGCUAGCGUUACGCAGGUACGAGAGUUAUGUGGGAGACAUAGAAAUCAACCCCCACAUAGAUUUCUGCCCCUGCGAAGAAAUGCAGUUGUGGAACAUUCUAGAAUUCGAGCCGGAGCCUGCAGUGCCGGCCCCUCCCCCAGAUGUUGCUCAAGAGGGGAUCCUCAGGAACGGUGUGAGGAGCAAACUGGAAGACUUCAGCAUGGAGAAGGGGAGAUUACAGUGGGACAGAACAGCUGCUGUUUGGGUGAUAUGCCUGGUUCCACAUGAGACCUGUUCAAAGCCAGUCGGAGUCAACUUAAUCAGCAUUUUCUCGAGUCCCAACGACCAGAGCCUGUGGGCGAUCGACAGCAAAUGGAACGUUCACGUCCGCGCUGGGAUUACUGAGGAGAUGCCUGUGGGAACUGAUUGGGAGCACGUUCCAGGGCUUCAGGCCUGUCAGUUGGCAAUAAGUACAAGGACGGUUUGGGCCCGCUGCCCGAAUGGGGACGUGGCACGACGGUAUGGCAUCACAGAUAAAAAUCCUGCAGGAGACUACUGGAAGAAGAUUCCCGGAAACGUUUCUUGUUUGACAGUUACUCAUCUAGAUGAACUGUGGGCAAUUGGUGCUUCAGGACAUCUCCUUCAACGUCUCACGAAAACCUUCUGCCAUUCGCACACCAUGCAGAAACACGGCAAUGCCUCUGUAUCGUUUCACUCUGAUGACUUCGAAGAUGAGUGGGAAGUCAUAUGAGGCCGUCGCAAGAUGUGGAACUGUAAGAUAGCGAGGAAACGCACUUGGAAGCCCUGUUACAUGCCAGAAAGUCAGGCUUUUAAAGCCACUCACAUUUUGAUGAUAUUCGCACUUUAGUAUUAAAAAGAAAAGAAAACUGAUCGGUCCAAAAAUUGUGUAGUGAGUUGUCUUGUUUCAGUAUCUCUCAGGCGAGAUGGGCAGCGUGGCUUAAAAGUUGUUAACUUGUCUUUUGAACUAUAACAUAAAUUAACCUCAUUAAUGGCAAAAUUAUUUUGCUGUAGCAUGCACACUCAUAUGUAUUACAAUAGGAGGGCCUCCUGGUUAUAUUAAAUAUUUCCCUACAGCAGAAUACUUCUGUUGACUUCUUGUACUCCAAGUGGAAGAAGGUGGGCACAGAUGAGAUUUCACCCAGUUCUUUGCAAAAAGUAAUUAAAUGUAAUGGUUAUAUUUCUUGGCAAGAAGGUCAAAAAUUCAGUGUCAUGAUGUAAUUUGGCGUUGAGCUGAAGAUCUUUCGGGAAGUGCGCUUCAGAUCACUUCCGGGACUCUGGUGAAUUUUGGUUUGUUCCGACGUGGGUUAAAAACCUUAAUUUCAAGCAUUCCCUAAGAGCUUCGACUAAUGAGUUUUCUUCCACAAGCCCCCAGGAAUGGACUAGCCCAAUUGUUCCCGGUUAGACUUGUAAAACAAGAGGGCCUGUGUGGGUUGUGAAAAUCCCUCGGCCCAACUGAACUGUGCCUCUAACUAGAGUAGACUUUGGACUUCCUUCCUUGUAAAAGAAUAAGAAUUCAAAACAAGAAGUAGCGUAAAGAAAUAUAUUCAGGUCAUAGUCACAGAAUGUGGUAAUAGGUCACAAAAUGUCUUCACAAUGAUGGGUUUUAGCUACAUUAGCUAAAUCUUUGCAAUGUCUUACAUUAUUUGAGAUGUUUACAGCAGACGUGCACAACUCGUUGGUUUAUUAAUCAUGGCAGCUUAUAUAGAUUAUGAAAGCUAAUUUUCUUGAGAACAAAACUCGAGGUCAAAAGAAAUGUUUUCAGUUAGAAAGACUAGGGUAGCAUUUGGUUUUGUUUUUUUUAAAAUACGUAACCAAAUUAUUAUGUGUCUUUUAAAAUGUCCAAACAGCUGUUGAAUCUGCAAAUGAGCCAACCUCCACGAAGGGGGGGGGGGGGCAGAAGGAAAAAUGAGAUCCUGCUCCCAAUUCUGUACCUUUUGUGCUCCCACCCUUAUUAAUUACUACUUGGGAUGAUUUACAUAGGAGAAACAGCACAAGAGGAAAGGUUUGAUUUUUCCUCCCCCUGCAACCCUGAUCUUCAGAGCAGAUGUUGGAGCUGGCGAAAGGCAGGAGAUUUCCCUCACUCGUUCCAUUUAGUUUGACCCACAGCGCAGAAUGAAAGGAAUAAGUGUUUCCAUCCUGUGGAGAGAAACAGGCAGAGAGAAAGCCACAGCUCCUCCCAGGAUCGAGAAUUACCUUUGUUUCUGUCCACACCCCCUUCUGAAAGCGGGAUUUGCAUCAUUAGCACUCAGCUUUCUCAAUCUGCUCUUUCAGCAGCUCCCUGUGACCUGGGGGUCAUAUUUGUUUUCUGCUGAGAACUGAUACGUUUUGCUUGAUCUCUUCCUUCUCUAUAUAAGGAGUCGGUCUCUCAAGAGGUUUCUUUUUUUAGUCCAUCACUGGGUUUGUAAGAGGCACUCGGUUGUUGAUGUUUACUCGGUUCAAAAAUGGUUCAAACUUUGUGGAGCCCGGUGGGAAAUGGAUCUUCAGAGAAGGACUUUGGAGCAAUUGGAACAGUUCCAUGCCACCUGGUCAAGAACCCCAAUGCUCACUUACAGCACUGAAAAAUGAAAUGUUUAUGUUUUAUUACACGUUGGUGGGGAGCCCUCUUGGUGUGGCUUGAGCUUGCUUCGCUGUUCUAACUCUGUACAGUAAAUUCACGUUGCUUUCUUGAUGAAUAUUAACUGGCGUUGACAGUCCUUCUAAGCCCCUGGGACAUUUUGUACAGUCUCAUCCAACCAUCAGAAAUGUUUUCCAUCCUUAGUUUCAUUUCUGUACGCUUGUGUUUCUUUUGUGCUUUCAGACGAGUGCAAUAAACUACCCUUUUUCUUAAAAAAAAAAA